CUCCCUCCCGUCCCCUCCUCCUCCUCCUCCUCCCGCUCCCCGGGGCCCCCAGCCCGGCCGGGCGCUGACAGCAGGGGCCGGGGGUCCCCACCGCCGCCGCGUCUCCCGCAGGCUCGGGCGGGGGCCGUGGAGCCCCCGGUGCGGCCAUGGAGCGACCCUUGACGGCGGAGGCGGAGGCGGAGGCGGAGGAGGAACUGGAGUGGCAAGUGGCGAGUCGCAGGAGGAAGGCCUGGGCCAAGUGCCGCGGCUCCUGGCAGGCUUCGGAGACCGAGGACCUGUCCACCGAGGCGACGACGCAGGACGAGGACGACGACGACGAGGACCUCUCGGGCGCCAAGCUGCCCACGGCCGCCGGGAGAGGGAACGUGCCCAACGAGAAGAUCGCGAUAUGGCUCAAGGACUGCCGUACCCCGUUGGGAGCCUCGCUGGAUGAACAGAGCAGUAGUACACUCAAGGGAGUGCUGGUGAGGAAUGGAGGAAGUUUUGAAGAUGAUUUGUCAUUGGGAGCGGAAGCCAACCACCUCCACGAAACAGAUGCUCACAUUGAGAACUGCAGUAACAUCUUGGCCAAAGAGAGGCGAUUACAGUUUCAUCAGAAAGGGAGAAGUAUGAAUUCUACCGGAUCUGGAAAGAGUAGUGGGACGGUCUCAAGUGUUUCAGAAUUGUUGGAACUUUAUGAGGAAGAUCCUGAAGAAAUUCUUUAUAAUCUUGGAUUUGGGAGAGAUGAACCAGAUAUUGCUUCCAAAAUCCCUUCCAGAUUUUUUAAUUCAUCAUCAUUUGCCAGAGGGAUAGAUAUUAAAGUAUUUUUAAGUGCUCAGAUGCAGCGGAUGGAAGUAGAAAAUCCAAAUUAUGCUUUGACAAGCCGUUUUCGUCAAAUUGAAGUGCUUACUACUGUGGCCAAUGCAUUUUCUUCUUUAUACUCCCAAGUCUCUGGAACUCCCCUGCAGAGAAUUGGAAGUGUGUCCUCAGUGGCCUCUAACAAGGAGACAGACUCACCUCCACCUCUGACCCGAAGUAACACUGCAAAUCGUUUAAUGAAAACAUUAUCAAAACUAAAUUUAUGUGUUGAUAAGACAGAGAAAGGAGAAGGUAGUAGUCCUUCCCCGGCAGUUGAAAAAGGGAAGAUCAUGAAUGCUUCAGUGACUGAGGAAGGUGGGAAUAGAAAUGAUCCAAAGACUCCAAAAAUCAUAAAGAAGAAAGACUCAUCCCCUAUGUUGGCUACAGUCAAAGAAGAAUCAAGCAGCUUGGCCUCUGUCAUAGAGAAUGUUGCCCCAGACAGACUUUCUGAAGAAGAAAGCAGUAAUUCGAAUCAAGAAACUGAAAGUGAACUACGUCAAGAAAUUCAAAGUUUUGAGAAGAGACUGGUUGAGGGAUCUGGUAUUGGAGAAUGCAGUCCCAGUGGAAAUUUGUCCAGCCACAGUGAGCUCGACGAUAGCAGUGAACUGAAAAGUACUCACAUGUCUCCACCUGAAAAAGAGCCGUGUGCACCACUGACAAUCCCGUCCAUAAGAAAUAUAAUGGUACCACAAAAGGACUCCUUUGAAAUGGAAGAGGUUCAAAGUACAGAGGGAGAAACUCCUCAUGUCCCAGCCACUUACCAGUUAGGUCUCACCAAAUCUAAAAGAGAUCACCUCUUACGUACUGCAAGUCAACAUUCUGAUAGCAGCGGUUUUGCUGAAGAUUCAACAGACUGCCUCCCACUUAAUCAUCUACAGGUCCACGAGUCCUUGCAGGCCAUGGGGAGUAGCGCUGACAGCUGUGACAGUGAGGUAACAGUUACUUCAUUCGGAGAAAACCUUGGCACCCCAGCAGCACCGCAAGACCAGCUGUAUUUUGACGAAUCGGAGGAGGAGUCUCUGGUGCCUGUGCAGCAGGGCGGAGAGAAGGCCGCGCCCUUCGCCGACAGAAGCAGGUCAGGUAACCAGGAUCUCUCCCGGGGCCAGACUGGCGAGGAAGCACAACAGCCACCCUGGGCCGGCAGUGCGGCGGGGCACGUCGCCGAAAUGGCGGGAGGGAAGCCCGCGGACCUGCUGAGGGAAGCCAGUGCUGAAAGCGACGCGGAGCGAAGCAGCGAAUGCGAGUUUGCUCAGUACACCACCCACCAUAUCCUUAAGUCGGCGGCUUCCAUGGAAUGCGCUGAGGAGGCCGCUGAGGUGGCCGCGGGGCCGCCCUCCUCCUUCUCCUCUGCCGACAAAGUCAGCACGGCCUUGCGGAGAGCUCAGAGGAAGGACUGCGGCCUGUCCGGUCCCAGAGUCGGCCGCAGCCUCAUCAGGUCCAAAGAUCUCUUAAAACAGAGGUACUUCUUCGCGAAAGCGGGCUACCCUCUGAGGAGGUCUCAGUCUCUGCCGACCACCUUACUGAGCCCCGUGCGGGUCGUCUCCUCCGUCAACGUCCGGCUGUCUCCGGGCAAAGAGACCAGAUGCAGCCCUCCCUCCUUCACCUACAAGUUCACACCCGAAGAGGAGCGGCAGUCGGAGACCCAGGUGAUCGGGCAGGACGGUCAGUCUCUGGUGAAAUCGACCAUUUUCAUCUCUCCGGCAUCUGUGGAAAAAGAAGCUUCCUGUCAGAGUGAGGCGCGCCCGCCGGAGGAGUGCUCUCACUGGAGAGCCUGCUCGCUGCUGGCCCCGGCGCCCAGGUCGCGCUCCACCUGCUCGCUGCACUCGGUCCCCUCUGAGUGGCAGGAAAGGCCCUGGUGUGAGCACACGAGGACGCUGAGCACUCACAGCGUCCCCAACAUGGCCGCCAACAUGGCCCCCAACAUGGCCGCCAACAUGGCCCCCAACAUGGCCGCCAACAUGGCCCCCAACAUGGCCUGCGGUGCCCUCUCCUCCCCCCUAGGCUGUCCCUUCUCGCACAGACACGCCGCCUACCCUUACCGAGCGUGUCCUGUGAACCCCCCUUCUGCCAUCGAAAUGCAGUUACGAAGAGUACUACACGACAUUAGGAACUCCCUGCAGAGUCUUUCACAGUACCCUAUGAUGGGAGGACCUGGACACAUAGCUGCUCCCUACAGUCCUCAGAAAUCGUCUGUUCUACCUCUUUAUGAAAAUACUUUUCAGGAGCUCCACGUAAUGAGGCGGAACCUGAGUCUGUUCAGAACACAAAUGAUGGAUUUGGAAUUGGCAGUGCUGCGCCAGCAAACCAUGGCCUACCAUCACAUGACUGAGGAGGAGAGGUAUGAAGUUAAUCAGCUGCAGAGUUUGAGAAAUUCAGUCCGAAUGGAACUUCAGGAUCUGGAACUGCAGCUGGAAGAGCGUCUGCUAGGGCUGGAGGAACAGCUGCGGGCACGCACACCUUCUCCCUUCCACUCCUCACUUAUGGGGAUGUGUAGCAGUGGAAGUGCUGAUAACUUGUCAUGUCCUUCUCCCUUGAAUGUCAUGGAACCUGUCACUGAGCUUAUGCGGGAACAGUCAUAUUUGAAGUCUGAAUUGGGCCUGGGACUUGGAGAAAUGGGAUUUGAAAUCCCUCCCGGAGAAAGCUCAGAAUCUGUUUUCUCCCAAGCAACGUCAGAGUCAUCAUCUGUAUGUUCUAGUCCCUCUCAUGCUAAUAAAAGAACCGGAGUAUCUUCUAGUGACUCAGCCCGCAAAUCCAAGACCCAUCCGAUACCGAGGAAGAAGGUAUUCCGAGCAUCGGUCGCCCUCACACCAACUGCCCCUUCUCGAACAGGCUCUGUUCAGACGCCUCCAGAUGUGGAAAGUUGUGAGGAAGUCGGAGCUGCUGAAGAAGCCGUAAAGGCUGUGGGCCCUAAAUCUGAAGUGGAAGAAGGACACGGCAAAGUACCGUCAGUGCCGGCGGCUGAUGAAAUGCAUGGAGACGUAGAGCAGGACGAGCUGCAGCAGGUUAUACGGGAGAUUAAAGAGUCUAUUGUUGGGGAAAUCAGACGGGAAAUUGUAAGUGGACUUUUGGCAGCAGUAUCUUCAAGUAAAGCAUCUAAUUCUAAACAAGACAGUCAUUAAAUGGAACUUAGAGGUAAUUUUUUCUGAACGUCUUUAUUUAGCCAAGUGUAAAUUAGUACUUUACAAUGCAUUGUUUCCAUCACACGUGAUGAGUUAACUUUUGACUUGCACAUUGUAACACGUGCACUCAAUCAGGCACGCCACCGCCCGGCCCCAGAAAUCAUUCUUAAAAGUUAUUAAAGAAUGUAUAAUGUUAGCUAUAGAAUAUCAAAACAUACUUCGAUAAAUUAUGUCAUAAACUACUAACAUUUUUGAGAUACAUGAUAAGAGAAUUAAGGAAUUCAUUUUAAGGCAUUAAAGAAGAUGUAUGCAGAUCACAGGAGAAUCUAAUACACACGCACACAGACUUUUCAUUCCCAUUACAAAGAAAAUCUGACUAAUAGCCACUGACAUGUGGUUAAUGUUCCCUUCUCUUCCCUUUAUUUAAGGUUGCACGGAUACUCUUAGCUGAAUGAUCCCGGAGUAGUGAAUGAUACACACUGGUGGAGGUAUUUGUGCUUCAGAGGAUAACUUGCUGCUAGCUGGGCUACUGUAACCGGUGUGCAGUGUUCUCUUCCUCUUUGCCUAUCUUUUAUCAUUUUAAAAAACACACAUAGAAACUUAGGCACUUUGCUGGCUUCAUUUUUUUCCCCCUAAACUGUAGUCAUUUGAGAAGUCUAAUAUUUAUUUUGUAUGUCAGUACUUUCCAGUUGAUUCCCUCUGUAGAAUUAAUUUUAAAACUUGAAAACUUCUAGAUCUAACCAACUUAUAAAUAACAUAUUCUUUUAGACUAGCCUCUUAAAACACUGACCUCUGUGAGGUAUUUACUGUGCAAUAACUGAUUCAUUUUUGAGAGCUUGAAACAACCAAUGAUUUUCCCUCCACUGCUGUUAGUUAGUGUCACUUCCAAGAAGAAAAAUUGUUCUGUUGUAAAAAAUUGCUCUUAAUUCUUGAGGAGGUUACUAAUAGCAGUAGGAUAGACUUGUACAAGGAGAUCUACAACUACUUAAUGUUCUUACACUGUAAACAUUGUUACUUUACCCAAGACAAUUGUAAUUUUAUUAUCGUUUAUUUAGUAUUUUUCUUUUGGAAAUGUGCAUUACAUUAAACACUAUGUACUUUUUUUUUUUUUUUUUUUGCAUUGUCUUAACUUCUUUAUAGUAAGGAGAGAUUCCUUCUUUUACUUUUAGACUAAAUAGUGGAGUAUUGCCAAAAUAAUGGGACACGUGACUUGAAUGGAUGGAAAUGAAUAAGCUGGGGGUUAGUUUUUUUUUUUUUUCCUCCAAAUUGAAGUAAUUUAGACUUCUUUUACUCAUGAUGGAUGGCUUUUAACUCACUUUUAACCAGCAAUAACUGUAUUGUUUUCAUGGUGGGGAAAAAAGGAGGGUGGCUUCCUAUUUGGUUUUGUAUGUGCUAAGUAAAUACAGAAAGUAACAACCAAAUGUCAUUGAAAUUAUUAUUUUAGCAUUUAUAAUUAUAAGCUCCUGUAUUUCUUUGUGUGAAAUUUAAAUCAAAAGUGGUUUAAAUAGUAACAAUAUUCUUUGAGAGAAUAGCCAAAAGGCUUGUAAAUGUUUGAAUUAUCACACAAAGACUGAUUUCUAAAAGAAAAAUUAAAACAAUAAAGUAUUUAUUUUGCCUAA